AUGGCAUCAAGUCAGCCAUCAUAUCUCAUCAUCGGCGCAGGCGUCUUCGGCGUGUCCACAGCCUACCACCUCAUCCGCAAAUACCCCAACGCCUCCGUCACCAUCGUCGACCGCGACGCCUUCGACGCAGACAGCCGCGUCGCCGCCUCGUGGGACUGGAACAAGAUCGUCCGCGCCGACUACGACGACAUCGUCUACUGCCGGAUGGCCAUCGAGUCCCAGGACGUCUUCAAGUCCGACCCCCUCUGGCAGCCGUACUUCCUCGAGACGGGCAUGUUCUGGAUGUGCCGCAACAGCUACGCCCAGGAUGUGAUCAACAACUACAAGCAGCUGAACCGCAAGGCGGACAUCUCUGCCGUUACUGUUGACGAGGCCCGGGAGCUCUACGGUGGGCUCUUCAAGGAGGCUGAUUAUACUGGUGUCAAGGAGGUGCUUAUUAACAAGACGAGCGGUGUGGCUCUCGCCGGUGACUGUCUGCGUGCGGUGACCAAAGCAGCAAUUGAACUGGGCGUCAAGUACGUGGUGGGAGAGGCUGCGACCCUGUUGGUAGAUGGUCAGGGAGUCUGCCACGGGCUCAAGACCAAGGCGGGGCAGGUUUUGACAGCUUCGCAUACCAUUGUAUGCACGGGUGCCGGCACAUCCAAGCUGCUGGAGUAUAGUGCGCGCAGCACCGGGUUGUCAGAUCUGCAGGCAGGCUCGAGGAUCGUAGCGGGCGGCAUCGCCACGGGCAUGGUGACGCUGGAUGAGAAGACAUACAAUGAGCGGUUUGCUUCUAUGCCUGUGGGCAUGCAAGGCUAUCCUGCUGAAAUAGGUGAGUUCACCGAUACGGACAGGGCCAACAUCCAACAGAUACUGACAUGGAGCAAAACAGGACCUUUUCUGGGUAGUCUGGCACCCACCAAAGACAGGGAGCUCAAAUGGUGGGGAUCAAAGAUCUUCAGAAACACGACGGAGGUCCUGCCGGGUCGUCACAUUUCAUCACCCCCUGAUGCGGAGGAUUACCGCCAGUGGAAGGUCUCGAAGCCGCUCCAGGAAGAUAUCCGCUCUGUCAGCGAGGUGUUCUACGGGAAGGAGGUCAAGGAUUGGCACUUUGAGAAGUUCCGGGUUUGCUGGGACGCCUUCACCACGAACGGAGACUUCAUCAUCUCCCCGCAUGCAGCAGCCAAGGGGCUGUACUUGGCAACCUGCGGCUCGUUCCACGGCUUCAAAUUCUUCCCUGUGAUUGGGGAAUAUGUAAUACAGAUGCUGGAAGGCGAGCUCGAGUCAGCCUUGGCGAAGAAGUGGUCCUGGGACAGGGAGCGCCCGGAUCCUAGCCUCAACCCGGAGUGGCCCAGAUCCGAGCUCAACGAUUAUUUGGAUUCAACUGCAAGAUUGUAA